AUGGCGCCCGCACGCCAACAACCCCCUCAGCCGUUCGCAAAGGACGAGAAGGUCCUCUGCUUCCAUGGCGAGAUGCUCUAUGAGGCCAAAAUUCUCGAGAUUCAGCAGGCCGAGAGUGGCGAGGGAUUCCAGUACCGCAUCCACUACAAGGGCUGGAAGAACACCUGGGACGACUGGGUCUCUAUCGACCGUAUCCGCAAGUUUACUGAGGAGAACAAGGAGCUGGCCAACCAGUUGCAGGCCCAGAUGAGGGACCUUCGUCAGAAGAGCAGCGCCAAAGCCCCCAAGAAGGGCCUUCGCGCCAACGGCACCGACUCGCUACGUGGUAGUGAGGAGCGAACUGCUGGAGUUGCUGCCAGCGGCCGAGGCCCUCGACGUGCGAGGGACUUUGAUCUUGAACAGCAUUACACAUCAAUCAGCAUGGCGACUUGGAUCGGUGACUACAUUGGCAACUGGGACGCGUCCUGCGUGAGCUACCCCGGAGACAACCACUACGGCUGGGAAUCCCCUACGAACCAAUUAUACUUGAACGACGACGAACGCUGCUUGCGUGACCCCUCUCCGGUCCCGCAAGGUUUUGCUCAAGGCUCAUAUGGUUUCGCUGCGGCUCGCCGCCAGCAGAGCCCCGUCUAUCGUUACCGCGACUGCACGCCUUACCCCUCCGAAGAUGCGAGUGCCUGGGCCAACGAAGAGAACAGUGUUGAAUACGAUGAGGAAGAGGACUCAGACCCUGCUGAUCCUCCCUUUCCCCACUGCUACGACGAAGAUGGUGAGCCGUGGGCGAACAACGACAAUGACCUUGGACACGAUGAAGCGGACGAAUCAAACGCUGCUGAGUCUCUCUUUCGUCAUUGCCACGAUGACGCUGACGCUCCCUGCCGUCACUGCUACGAAGACGAAGAUGGCAAGGUCUGGCUCUACGACGAGGAACGUUUCGAUGACGAUGAGAUCGAGCGACGUCACGAUGAGUUCCAGCAGCUAUGGAGCAACGUCAGCUGGGAACGAAGCGCGCGAGACCAGGAGGACGCCCCGAUCUCACCCACCAACACGAUUGGCAGAGCUCCCAGUGUCGUUAGCGAUUGGAGCUACACAAGCGACUCCACCGCUUCCAGCGUCGAAUUUCUUUGGGAGUCAAAGAAGAAUUCUGACGCCAGCGCCUUUACCGACAUUUCAUCAAGCGACACUUCGGAGCCAGACAGCCUCAUCAGCCUUGAUUCCCUGCAAGACCCAGCUGCCCAGACCAGCAUGGCCGAGCAACACCGCUGCGGACGCAUGGACAGUGAGAACAGGAGCAACAAGCGAAAGCGGGACGAGGAAGAUGACGAUGAGAUUGUUUUCCUCUUCGAGUUCCAGCGCAGUGUUCGAUCCAGACACUACUAA